CAUUGGAAACGAUAGGCUCUAAUCUGUCUUGGGUUAGUUAUAAAAAUCUUUGCUAUCUCUGCAACGCAUCUGAAAAUACGCGCAGCUCCUGCCUGGCAAGGCCUACAUUAAUCCGGUUAUUGCUGUACAAAUUGGGAGAAGUAAACCUUCACAAUGCUGAGCACAGUUAGCCGGCAACUUAAAAGCCACCCAGCUUUGGUCCCCCUCUUCAUCUUCAUCGGUGGUGGGAUGGCUAUGUCUGGGGCGUACCUCCUGCGCCUGGCAAUGGGACCCCAUGUCAGUUGGAAUCGUAACGGCAACCCCGAGCCAUGGAACAAGAUGGCACCCACACAUCAGCACAAGUUUUAUGCUGUGAACAUGGACUACAGCAAGCUGAAGAAGGAGGGUCCUGACUUCUAAACUCUUAUCUACUGCUGGAGCACUGCUGGACCAAAGGCUUGAGAAAAAAACGACUUAUCCCCACAGACUGACUCCCUUAAACCUCUAACUUGAACCCAGUGGAUGCAAAGAGGCUAAACCGCACAAGUUCCCAUUCCCUUUGCCCUUUUAACCAUCUUUUUUCUCAUACCUCAUGGUUGUGCAGCAAUAAAGUGAAGGAGUCUUUUCUCCUGUGUACAGAGAAAA